AUGCAAGCUCUGCGGGGUGGGUCAAGCGGUUCGUUACGAGGCAGGGCUGUGUGGUCCCUGGUGCUGAAUGCGGGCCCGUGGGCGUGGAGUGUAGUGUUGCAGGGCGUGACGGAGGAAGGUUGGGCUGGCGAGUUGGAGAGAUGUCUAGGCGGUGAAGAUGAUGUGAAGGUUCUGGAGUGGUUCGAGAGGCAGUUCUUGUCGACUCAAGGUUCGUUGGCUGGAGUGGCCGCAACACGGGGAACUGUGGAGGAGUACGAACAGCUUAGCAGCCGCGGUGUCAUGUCUGUUCUUGAGUGGCUUUUACCUCGCUUCUGGUAUCGGGAGACGCGGGGGUCGGGGACAAAGUCGGGUGUGCGUGCACGGGCGCGCCAUGUGGUGUCUCGUUUGAGAGAAGCCUUCAGGACGACCCGUUUGCCAGCGUCUUGGGUCAGUUACAGCCCACCUCCCAACUAUGACGGGCAUCCCAUCUUUCCGGGGGGUACCGGACCCAGCUCGGCGACGGCCUUGGCCUACUGGGCUUACUAUUUGGAUAAAAGGGAGGAUAUGACGCCGGAGCAACGCUUGUGGUACCUCGCCAUGCUGGCCCGUUGGAAUCCCGCCCCCGCCUUCGUCUACGCGUCCCAGGACCUAGAGACGCGUUCCAGAUUGUUUACGAAUCCAAGCUAUUUCCCUAACAUAAACGGGAACCGGGGUUUGAACCAGUUCGAAGCCGCGGCAGCUCUGUGGCUAUGCUAUGAACGCGACCAUGACGAAAGCAGCGGAACCAAAUAUAACCCACUGAAUGACAGAAUCGUGUGGCCGAUGGUAGACCAGUUGCUCCUCUUCACCGCACCCUUCACCGAAGCGUUCGACGAACCACCCACCGAACCGUUCACGGCAGAAUACGAAUCGGAAAUGGUAAUCGAUCAUCAGCGGGACAAUGGCAAUCUGAGGAUGCUCUGCAGCCGAUAUUUGAUGGGCGAAUGGCUCAAUUCAGUGGCUAUCCAACGGUCUCACAAGCUGUUCGAUAUUUACGUGAAUAGGUAUACCGAGCACCCCGAGAGCUUCGUCUCUACUUACCUCCAGGGCCUAAUGGCUUGGCAUACGGCGGCGGACCCCGAUUCUCAUGCCCCAGCGGAAAGUCAAUCCCAGACGGAAUACCCGGCCUUCGAUACCGCUCACCCUGAGAUCUAUCAGCCAUACGAAGUCCGUCAGUUGAUGUGGAUGGAGGAACAGUUGGUACAUCGUGUGGUACAGCUGCUUCUCGACCAACAGGCUUUCGAGGAAAAGGCGGCCGACCAAGCGACUGUCGACCAAGCGACUGUCGACCAAGCGACUGUCGACCAAGCGACUGUCGACCAGGAGAAUGCUGACCAAGCGACUGUCGACGAAGCGACUGUGGACCAACGGACUGUCGAACAAGAGAACGGCGAGCAACAGGCUGCCACUCAUCCUCGGAACGCCGGGGCCGUCAUCUGGCGUCUCCGCCAACAAAAGAACUUUAAAUUCUCCGUUUCGGAAAAUACGUUUCGACUGCUCUACUGCAUCGCACUGCAGGAAACUGCCCGCCGGGUAGCGACUGAACAGGGAUACGACUUUGCCUGGAGAUUGGGCUGCGCCGCAAUUUCAUUGGUCUAUGGCCUGUUCCCGCCCCAGGGGUGA